CAUGGUCGCUAAGCUGAUUCCCAGCUGAUGUUUGCCGCGAAAUAAACAACCACAGUCCAAGCAUAAAAAUCGUAAAAAUGUCUAACAAAUUGAUCACCGAUUCAUUUCCAAAAGCCAAGAAAGACAGUCUUAUAACCCAGAAAUUACGACAGACGAAGGCAAGGCCUGUCGAUAUAAAGGGAAAGCCGUCAGCAAAAGCUGAUAAAGAUGUAUCAAUCGACGCAAGACAAGAUGACCUAAAGACUUUGAGGGAGUUUGAUCUUUCUCCAGAGUUUGGACCUUGCUUAGGAAUGACCCGACUUGAGAGAUGGGAAAGAGCUGAUAGAUAUGGGCUGAACCCUCCUCAGGAUGUCAAGAAAAUCUUAGCCCUCCACCCUACUGAUAGUAACUAUACAGAUUGGUGAUCCUGGAUAAGUGAGCUUGCAUACCUGCAAUGGAAAGCUGAUAGCUUGUCUCAGACUCUGCACCAAGUCUAUCCAAUGUGUCAUCAGUCGCAUCAACUGUCUCAACAUCCGGUUCAACCUCUUCUUCUUCACUGGUGACCAUAUGCUCAGGAUCAGACAAUGGCACAAUCUUGGCAACCCUAGACAACAAGAGAGGAAUUAAAAAAACUCUAGAGAACAAAAGAGUAAUCCAGAAAUCUUAUGCCAUCAAAUUGAGAACUGUCCAAUCACCAUAAUUCAGAUUCACAAGUUCCAGUUCAAAUAAGGAUACUCUCUGAGAUUCAAUGUGUUGUAUGAUAUAUGUCUUUGUCAACUUACUGCUUGUGGUGUUGUUCAAAAUAAUAUCUAAAGAGCAUGCAACAGA